GUAUCCGGCGGCGGCGGCGGCGCGGCGCGUGAGGGCCGCCAGGGCCGAGCGGGCGACGCCAACAUGUCGGAUACCAAGGUAAAAGUUGCCGUCCGCGUCCGGCCCAUGAACCGACGAGAACUGGAGCUGAACACCAAGUGCGUGGUGGAGAUGGAAGGGAAUCAGACAGUCCUGCACCCUCCUCCUGCCAACACCAAACAGGGAGAAAGGAAACCUCCCAAGGUAUUUGCCUUUGAUUAUUGCUUUUGGUCCAUGGAUGAAUCUAACACUACAAAAUAUGCCGGUCAAGAAGUAGUUUUCAAGUGCCUUGGGGAAGGGAUUCUUGAGAAAGCCUUUCAGGGGUACAAUGCUUGUAUUUUCGCAUAUGGGCAGACAGGUUCAGGAAAGUCCUUCUCCAUGAUGGGCCAUGCUGAGCAGUUGGGCCUUAUUCCAAGGCUCUGUUGUGCUUUAUUUAAAAGAAUCUCUUUGGAGCAAAAUGAGUCCCACACCUUUAAAGUGGAAGUAUCAUAUAUGGAAAUUUAUAAUGAGAAAGUUCGUGAUCUUUUAGACCCCAAAGGAAGUAGACAAUCUCUUAAAGUUCGAGAGCAUAAAGUUUUGGGACCAUAUGUAGAUGGUUUAUCUCAACUGGCCGUCACUAGUUUUGAGGAUAUUGAGUCAUUGAUGUCUGAGGGAAAUAAGUCUCGGACAGUAGCUGCAACCAACAUGAAUGAAGAGAGCAGCCGCUCCCAUGCUGUGUUCAACAUCAUAAUCACGCAGACGCUGUACGACCUGCAGUCUGGGAACUCAGGAGAGAAAGUCAGUAAGGUCAGCUUGGUAGACCUGGCGGGUAGUGAAAGAGUGUCCAAAACAGGAGCCGCGGGAGAGCGACUGAAGGAAGGCAGCAACAUUAACAAAUCACUUACAACCUUGGGGCUGGUCAUAUCCUCCCUGGCUGACCAGGCAGCUGGCAAGGGUAAAAACAAAUUUGUGCCUUAUCGAGAUUCAGUCCUCACUUGGCUUCUUAAGGACAAUUUGGGAGGCAACAGCCAGACCUCUAUGAUAGCCACCAUCAGCCCAGCAGCAGACAACUAUGAAGAGACCCUCUCCACGUUACGAUACGCAGAUCGGGCCAAAAGGAUCGUGAACCAUGCAGUUGUGAAUGAGGACCCCAACGCAAAGGUCAUCCGAGAGCUGCGGGAGGAAGUGGAGAAGCUGAAGGAGCAGCUGUCCCAGGCUGAGGCCAUGAAGGCCCCCGAACUGAAGGAGAAGCUUGAGGAGUCUGAGAAACUGAUAAAAGAGCUGACGGUGACCUGGGAAGAGAAGCUGAGGAAAACAGAAGAGAUCGCACAGGAGAGACAACGCCAGCUUGAGAGCAUGGGGAUUUCCCUGGAGACAUCUGGUAUCAAGGUGGGGGAUGACAAGUGCUACCUGGUCAACCUGAAUGCAGACCCUGCUCUUAAUGAGCUUCUGGUUUAUUAUCUAAAGGACCACACCAGGGUGGGUGCAGAUACCUCUCAGGACAUCCAGCUGUUUGGUAUAGGGAUUCAGCCUGAACACUGCGAGAUUGAUAUUGCCUCUGAUGGUGAUGUCACUCUUACCCCAAAAGAAAAUGCAAGGUCCUGUGUGAAUGGUACCCUUGUGUGCAGUUCCACCCAGCUGUGGCACGGCGACAGAAUACUGUGGGGAAAUAACCACUUUUUUAGAAUUAACUUACCCAAGAGGAAACGGCGAGAUUGGCUGAAAGACUUUGAAAGAGAAACGGGCCCUGCAGAGCACGACCUGGAUGCAGCCAGCGAGGCUUCCUCGGAACCAGACUACAACUAUGAGUUUGCCCAGAUGGAAGUUAUCAUGAAGACGCUGAACAGCAAUGGUGCCUUCCCGAUAAUAAGCCUCUCUGCCUGGUGGUCGUCCCCUUGGUGGUCCUAUCUGAAGAUUCUCUUCCCUCUCCUGUGGUUGCAGACGAAGCUCCUCCACAAACGCUGGGAUAAAGACCCAGUUCAAAACGUGGUUCAGGUCCUGGAGAAGCAAUACCUGGAAGAAAAGAGGAGUGCCCUGGAGGAACAGCGGCUCAUGUACGAGCGGGAGCUGCAGCGCCUCCGCCAGCAGCUCUCCCCCGAAAGGCAGCCACCGAGCAGCGGCCCCGACCGCCUGGCCUACAGCAGCCAGACGGCCCAGCAGCAGGUUACGCAGUGGGCAGAGGAGAGGGACGAACUCUUCCGGCAGAGCCUGGCUAAACUGCGAGAGCAGCUGGUCAAAGCUAAUACCUUAGUGAGGGAGGCGAAUUUCUUAGCUGAGGAAAUGAGCAAACUCACUGAUUACCAAGUGACUCUUCAGAUCCCUGCUGCAAACCUCAGUGCCAACAGAAAGAGAGGUGCCAUCGUGAGCGAGCCAGCCAUCCAAGUGAGGAGGAAAGGAAAGAGCACCCAAAUCUGGACCAUCGAAAAGCUGGAGAAUAAAUUGAUUGACAUGCGAGACCUGUAUCAAGAAUGGAAGGAAAAAGUUCCUGAGGCAAAGAGACUCUACGGGAAACGAGGCGACCCUUUCUACGAAGCCCAGGAGAAUCACAACCUAAUCGGGGUGGCCAACGUGUUCCUCGAGUGCCUCUUCUGCGAUGUGAAGCUUCAGUAUGCAGUUCCUAUCAUCAGCCAGCAGGGGGAGGUAGCAGGACGCCUCCACGUGGAAGUGAUGCGUGUUACUGGAGCUGUCCCGGAGCGUGUGGUGGAGGACGACUCUUCAGAGAACUCCAGUGAGAGUGGGAGCCUUGAAGUCGUGGACAGCAGUGGGGAGAUCAUCCAUCGCGUCAAGAAACUGACGUGCCGGGUGAAAAUUAAAGAGGCAACUGGGCUGCCCUUAAGCCUGUCGAAUUUUGUCUUCUGUCAGUACACGUUCUGGGACCAGUGUGAGCCUACAGUGGCCGCCCCAGUGGUGGACCCAGACGUGCCUUCACCACAGUCCAAGGAUGCCCAGUACACGGUGACCUUCUCUCACUGCAAGGACUUCGUGGUGAACGUAACAGAGGAAUUCCUGGAGUUCAUUUCAGAUGGAGCCCUGGCGAUUGAAGUGUGGGGCCACCGGUGCGCUGGGAACGGGAGCUCCAUCUGGGAAGUGGAUUCUCUUCACGCUAAGACAAGAACAUUGUAUGAUAGGUGGAAUGAAGUGACCCGCAGGAUCGAGAUGUGGAUCUCCAUCUUAGAACUGAACGAGUUAGGGGAGUAUGCGGCGGUGGAACUGCAUCAGGCAAAAGAUGUCAACACGGGCGGCAUCUUUCAACUCCGACAGGGUCAUUCCCGUAGAGUGCAAGUCACCGUGAAGCCUGUGCAGCACUCGGGGACACUGCCUCUUAUGGUGGAAGCCAUCCUGUCGGUGUCCAUCGGCUGCGUAACUGCCAGGUCCACCAAACUCCAGAGGGGGCUGGACAGUUACCAGAGAGAUGAUGAGGAUGGUGAUGAUAUGGAUAGUUAUCAGGAAGAAGACUUAAACUGCGUCAGAGAGCGGUGGUCAGAUGCCCUCAUUAAACGACGAGAAUACCUGGAUGAGCAGAUCAAAAAAGUCAGCAAUAAAAAAGAGAAAACAGAGGAUGACGUGGAGCGGGAAGCUCGGCUCGUGGAGCAGUGGGUAGGGCUGACGGAAGAAAGGAACGCUGUGCUGGUGCCAGCCCCAGGCAGUGGGAUCCCCGGGGCGCCCGCCGACUGGAUCCCACCUCCUGGAAUGGAAACUCACAUACCAGUUCUCUUCUUGGAUUUGAAUGCGGAUAACCUCAGUGCCAACGAGCAGCUUGUGGGCCCCCACGCUUCUGGUGUGAACUCCAUCCUGCCCAAGGAACACGGCAGCCAGUUCUUCUACCUGCCCAUCAUCAAGCACAGCGAUGACGAGGUGUCAGCCACCGCCUCUUGGGAUUCCUCGGUGCACGAUUCUGUGCACUUGAACAGGGUCACACCCCAGAAUGAAAGGAUUUACCUGAUUGUGAAGGCCACGGUGCAGCUCAGCCACCCGGCCGCGAUGGAGCUGGUGCUGCGGAAGCGGAUUGCGGCCAAUAUUUACAACAAGCAGAGUUUCACACAGAGUUUGAAGAGGAGAAUAUCAUUGAAGAAUAUAUUUUAUUCCUGUGGUGUCACCUAUGAAAUAGUGUCCAACAUACCCAAGGCGACCGAGGAGAUCGAGGAUCGGGAAACGCUGGCUCUGCUGGCGGCCAGGAGUGAGAACGAAGGCACAUCGGACGGGGAGACGUACAUCGAGAAGUACACGCGCGGCGUGCUGCAGGUGGAGAACAUUCUGAGUCUGGAGCGGCUGCGGCAGGCUGUCACGGUCAAGGAAGCACUUUCCACCAAGGCGCGGCACCUGCGGAGGAGCCUCAGCACGCCGAACGUCCAUAAUGUCUCCUCCAGUCGACCAGAUCUUUCUGGCUUUGAUGAAGAUGAUAAGGGUUGGCCAGAAAACCAGCUGGACAUGUCUGACUAUAGCUCCAGUUUCCAAGAUGUGGCAUGUUACGGAACUUUACCCAGGGAUUCACCUCGAAGGAGUAAAGAAGGUUGCACAUCAGAGAACCCUCAUGCCUUAGCAGUCAGCCCUUUUAAAGCAUUUUCUCCUCAGCCGCCAAAGUUUUUCAAACCCCUAAUGCCUGUCAAGGAGGAGCAUAAGAAAAGGAUAGCUCUUGAAGCAAGGCCUCUUCUAAGCCAGGAGAGCAUGCCUCCAUCUCAGGCACAUAACCCUGGCUGCACUGUACUCUCAGGAAGCAAGGGCAGCAGCAUGCCAGUAGAGCCCAGUAGCAAACGUGAGAAGAAGAUUGACUCUGAGGAGGAAGAAAAUGAACUGGAAGCUCUCAACCGGAAGCUGAUCAACUCGCAGCCUUACGUACCGGUGGAGUUUGCUGACUUCAGUGUUUACAAUGCCAGCCUGGAGAACAGGGAGUGGUUUUCUUCCAAAGCAGACCUGACCAGCUCCCGGGUCUUAGAGAAAGAAGUGUCCCGAAGCCCUACCACCAGCAGCAUUACCAGCGGCUACUUCUCCCACAGUGCCUCGAACGCCACUCUCUCUGACAUGGCGGUCCCUUCCAGCGACAGCUCCGACCAGCUGGCCCCUCAGACGAAGGAUGCAGACUGCAGUGAGCACCCUGGACCGGCGCUCGCGCAUGACUUCAGACCAUCCUCGAGCAAAGGGUCCGCAGAAGCCGAAAGAGGCUCGGUAAAGGACAAGAUAAUCACGGUGCCGCUCAAGGAAAACAGUGCCUUAGCCAAAGGGAGCCCAUCGUCCCAGCCCGUCCCUGAGAAAAACUCCAAAAUGCUGCAUAGGACUGGCUCAUGUUCAGAACUGGAUGGCUGCCCCAGUAAAAAUGGCCCCCCAGCCAGAGUGUUCUGCCCCAGGGAGGUGACCAUCGAGCACACCACAAACGUCCUGGAGGAUCAUUCUUUCACAGAGUUCAUGGGGGUGUCGGACGGAAAAGAUUUUGACGGGUCGACAGAUUCUUCUGCGGGGGAGCUUUCAAGUAGGAGGAAUCUACCCAAUAAAGCAGACAGUGAGCGUGUCCCCGAUGGGCCACACGACGCCGGCCAGCUGCAUUCCAAGCCAGAGAAUGAUCCGGGAGACACGACUGCACGGUGAAAGGUGCACACACAGCCUCCUCCACAGGCCACAGCUUGGUGUCUUUGUUCACCUGGUCGCCUUGGGAAAGCACCCGCCCCAUCUUUCAAACAUGCUGCGGCCCAGCCUGACCUCAAACCAGCACCGGCCAAGAAGCUGUGCACCUCCUGGGCCGCCCCUGUCGACCUCCCAAAUGGGAGAAGCAGCACUUUGUUUUCCAGAAAGCAAGAGACUGAAAGUCCUGGAUGAACUGACAGUAUUUGUGUUUGCACUUACUACACACCCCUACUGUGUAGAAACCUCUACAGAUUCCAAGAAACUGUAUUCUUGUACAGUUUUAAUCCAUUCUUACUGUAGAAUCUGGAGUCAUACUCUAAUUGAUUGUUUUUAUAAAUAAUAUAUAUUAUGUAUAUGAAAUGUGUAUCUAUAGUGUGUCUGGAAACAGACAAGGCUGCACACUAAAAUGCAGAUAAAGGUGAUUUGUAGAAAAUCAUUAGGUACUGGUCUUUGUUACAAAGCCUCUUGGGCAUCUCUUAUAUACGAGUAGAUGAAAAAUAUUUUAUUGCCUAAGACUGAGGUUGCAAAUCCCUCCUUGCAGAAACGAUUACAGAUGCUGUUCUUUAUAACCAAAGAACUUACAUAGGACUGAGCAUUUCCGCUGUCCACUCUGGUCUUCUGUGAACAUAUGUGUUUGACUGCAAGUUUGGUGCCACUUUUCCCUUGGCCACCAAGCCACGUGCUGCUGUUCUCUGUCUUCAGUUUCCUAAGCGCACUGAGAAAUCUCACAGCUCGUAUCCUCUGGUCUUCCACCGGGCCCAUCACCUGCCUUCUGGACACUGCAUAAUAACCGCUGGCGGUGCGAGGGCUCCCACUCCAGCCUUUCCUACACCCAGUCCGGCCCAGUGGGCAGGGCAGCACAGACAGCAGUAUUACUGUAAGAACACACAGUAAUGGGGAGGGGCUCGGAGAGGGGCUCCUGAUUUGGGGUGUUGUUUUUUGUGGUUUCGUUUUGGAUUGGUAGGUUUGUUGUGGCGUGGUUUUGCUGUUGUUAUUUUGCUUGGCUCUGGAAAAUGCUAAAGAGACGGACUGAGCUAUAAAACCCACUGGCUCAUGCUUCACAGUGUUUGCAGGAGAUGCUUGAAUACAGAUGAUCCUGCUGACUCACAGAUGCAGACGCUGAAGGAUUAUGCGUGUGGACAUUUUUACGGAAGUCCUUUCUGUACCUACUCGGUAGAUGCCUGUCCAGUUGGUCUGGAUGUGUAGCUCUAAAUGUGUUGUGAGCACCAGGAUGAAAGAAUACGUACAGCUUGCUGUACCUUUUUUCUUCAAGUUCUUAGCAUUGGUAAAUGAGUAAGGUAUUGGAGACUUUAAUGAAAAGCUGCUGUUCAUGGAUUUUGUAUAUAGUGAGCUGACUGUAGUAUUUUACUAUUGUCUGUUAAAAAAAAAAGAAAAACUGUAAUUUAUAUCCCUUUCAACGUUAUUGUAUUUAAUUGGUACUGAUUUGUUUGAGUGUGUGUGUGUGUGUUUAGAAUACAGAAUGUCUAAUUCAGAUUUUAAAACAUCCACUGUUUGUCUUUAAUAACCCUGCCAUUAGUUCCAGGUCUCAUUUACCAUGCUUGCAAGUGUGCAUGUCCCAUCAUGUCAAAAGGUAAUGUCAGCUAACCUUUACUGAGGGUUUACUGUGUACUAGUUACUGUCCCAAACAUUUGCUGUUUCUUAUGUCAUUUAAUUCGCACAGCACCAGGUGUCAUAGGUACUGUUGUUAUUAAGCAUGUGACAGAUGGAAAACAGGCAGAGAGGUUAGUGCCCGAACAGAACAGUGGCACAGCCAGGAUUUAGCCCACGCUUUAUCUGUCCCCUCUGUGUUGCACCUGGUGAUGUGUCGGGGGGCCUCUGGAGGAGUGACGACCUGCACAGAACAGAAGGCUCGCAACUGAGUAUCACAAGCUCCUAACUGGCCAGCAUGCCGUGGCGGCAGGGGUGGGGCGGGCUUGUGUGCUGGAGCAGGUGCGAUGUGUUCUCGGUGAUUAAGUGACUCUUUAUGGUAAGUACCAGUGACCUACCACCUGUGGAAGAGUGGGGAAAGGUAGCUCACUGUGAAAGUUUUUUUUAAAGAUUUAUUUAUUUUAAAGUCAUGUUACAGAGAGGGAGAGAUACAUAUAUAUAGAGAGAGAGCUACCAUCCACUGGUUCAUUCCCCCAAACAACCAUAAUGGCCAGGACUGGGCCAGACUGAAGACAGGAGCUUCAUCUGGGUCUCCCACAUGGGUGGCAGAGGCCCAAACUCUUGGGCCAUCUUCUGCUGCUUUUCCCAGGCCCUUAGCAGGAAGCUGAGUCAGAAGUGGAGCAGCCAGGACACAAACCAGCGCCCAGAUGGGAUGCCGGCCCCGAAGGCAACAGUUUAAACUGCUACACCACAAUUCCAGCUUAUCUAAAAACAAUAUGGCCAGUGCCAUGGCUCACUAGGCUAAUCCUCUGCCUGCGCUGCCGGCACCCUGGGUUCUAGUCCCGGUUGGGGCACCGGGUACUAGUCCCGCUUGCUCCUCUUCCAGCCCAGCUCUCUGCUGUGGCCCGGGAGGGCAGUGAAGGAUGGCCCAAGUGCUUGGGUCCCUGCACCCGCAUGGGAGACCAGGAGAAAAUACCCAGCUCCUGACUUUGGAUUGGAGCAGCGCUGGCUGUAGCGGCUAUUAGGGGAGUGAACCAACGGAAGGGAAACCUUUGUCUCUGGCUCUCUCUUACUGCCUAACUCUGCCUGGCAAAAAAUAAAAAAAACAUUUUUUAAAUAAAAAAAAACAAUGUUACUACAGAGUCUUUUCAGGAAAAUCUCAGCCUUUCUGAACUUAUUAAGAAUGAGGUCUAAUUCUAAACAGAAGAGUGCCUUGAGUCAACUUGUGGAGGGGGGUGGGCAGGAAGGAGGCGGGUAGCAUUGAGUCAUCCCAAAACGUAUUUUGAAUUUUAAAGUAUGAAGAGGCAAAAAAGCUAUUUGAUUUUUAAAGGAAUAAUUACAACUAAAAAAAUACAGUGCAGAAAAAAAAUCAUCAUUUCCUGUACUGAGUGCUGACAUUGUCAUAUGACUGAGAGAACAAACUGGCUUUAGGACAUAAUUUAUUGGGUGGAUAGAUGUAGGCUUGAGUUUAACAGUUAAUUUCCAAAGUACAGUAUUUCCCGUGUCAUCACACUUGUUUAUAGUCAUUUGGAUAUAGUCUUUUUCUCAUAACAAAAAUAUAGCCAUGUGUUUCUAUGGCACCAACAAAUAGCUACAAAAUAUACCUUUAAGCAUUAGGUAAGGGCAAAAUACUAUCUUCUACCAAAUGUUAGCAGUCCAUCCAAUAGAUAAUUUUAAAAUUACAAUACUCAAGCUUUACAAGAAUGUUGGGAGGAAAAAGCAACUAAUAAUAACAUGAUUAAGCUUAACUUAAAAGUGAAGUUUCUGUUUGUAUAAUGAACAAAUAUUGAACUCCAAAUAGCUGAAGCAAUCUUAUACAACAAAAACAAAACCGGAGGUAUCACAAUACCUGAUUUCAGGACAUACUACAGGGCAGUCGGCAUCAAAACAGCCUGGUACUGAUACAGAAACAGAUGGAUAGACCAAUGGAACAGAACAGAAACAACAGACAUCAAUCCAAACUUCUACAACCAACUUGUCUUUGAUAUAGGAGCUAAAAUCAAUCCCUGGAGCAAGGACUGUCUCUUCAACAAGUGGUGCUGGGAAAACUGGAUCUCCACAUGCAGAAAUGUGAAGCAAGACCCCUACCUUAUAGUGUGUACAAAAAUCCACUCAAAAUGGAUCAAAGACCUAAGUCUAUGACCCGAUCCCAUUAAACUGUUAGAGAACAUUGGGGAAACCCUGAAAGACAUUGGCAUAGGCAAAGAAUUCUUGGAAAACACUCCAGAGGCACAGACAAUCAAAGCUAAAAUUAACAAAUGGGAUUACAUUAAAUUGAGAAGCUUCUGCAUGGCUAAAGAAACACUCAGCAAAGUGAAGAGGCAAACUAUGCAACUGAUAAAGGAUUAAUAACAAGAAAAUAUAAAGAGAUCAAGAAACUCAACAACAACAAAAACCCAGUUAAGAAAUGGGCAAAGGACUUAACAUUUUUCAAAAGAGAAAAUCCAAAUGGCCAACAGACACAUGAAAAAAUGCUCAAGAUCACUAGCUCUCAGGGAAAUGCAAAUCAAAACCACAAUGAGGUUUCACUCCACCCCAGUAAGAAUGGCUUUCAAACAGAAAUCAACAAACAACAAAUGCUGGCGAGGAUGUGGAGGAAAAGGUACCCUAAUCCAUUGUUGGUGAGAAUGUAAACUGGUUCAGCCACUGUGGCAGACAGUAUGGAGAUACCUCAGAAAUCUGAAUAUAGACCUACCAUAUGACCCAGUCAUCCCUCUCCUGGGAAUUUACCCAAGGGAAAUGAAAUCGCAUAUGAAAGAAUUAUGAGUACCCCUUGUUCAUUGCAGCUCAAUUUGCAAUAGCUAAGACAUGGAAUCAAUACAAAUGCCCAUCAGCUAAAGACUGGAUAAAGAAAUUAUGGGAUAUUUAUACCAUAAAAUACUACACAGUGAUUAAAAAGUGAAAUCCUGUUUGCAACAAAUGGAUGAAACUGGAAAACAUCACACUUAGUAAAAUAAGCCAGUCCCCAAAGGACAAAUACCGGGACUGGCGCUGUGGCAUAGCCAGUGAAGCCACCAGUUCAAGUCCCGGCUGCUCUACUGCCAACCCAGCUCUCUGCUAUGGCCUGAGAAAGCAGUAGAAGAUGGCCCAAGUUCUUGGGCCCCUAUACCUGUGUUGGAGACCUGGAAGAAGCUCCUGGCUUCAGAUCAGCCCAGCGCUGGCCAUUGCAGCCAUUUGGGGAAUGAACCAGUGGAUGGAAGACCUCUUUCUCUCUCUGCCUUUCAAAUAAGUGAAUAAAUCUUUUAAAAGGGGGGGAGGGGAACAAAUACCAUAUGUUCUCCCUGACUUGUGAAAACUAAUAGAGCACCUAAAAGUUAUUCUAUAGAAGUGAAAUUGACAUUUUGAGAUGUAUUGAUUUUGAACAGCCCUUGCCUCAACUGUGGAAGAACAGUAUUUUUUUUUUUUUCAUAAUAUUUGUUGAAAUCUUUACUUAACGUAGAGUUAAUCUUAUGUGUAUAAAGUUAACUGAAAAUAGAUCUUGGUGCCGGCGCCGCGGCUCAAUAGGCUAAUCCUCCACCUAGCAGCGCCGGCACACCGGGUUCUAGUCCCCAGUCGGGGCGCCGGAUUCUAUCCCGGUUGCCCCUCUUCCAGGCCAGCUCUCUGCUGUGGCCCGGGAGUGCAGUGGAGGAUGGCCCAAGUGCUUGGGCCCUGCACCCCAUGGGAGACCAGGAGAAGCACCUGGCUCCUGGCUUCGGAUCAGCGCGGUGCGCCAGCACAGCGCGCCAGCCGUGGUGGCCAUUGGAGGGUGAACCAAUGGCAAAAGGAAGACCUUUCUCUGUCUCUCUCUCUCUCACUAUCCACUCUGCCUGUCAAAAAAAAAAAAAAUAGAUCUUGGUAAAAAAAAAAAAAAAGGAAUACGAGAGGGCAGAGGAAGAAGGAUGGCGAUGCAGGCAGGUAUGGUGGGGGAAAUCACUAUGUUCCUAAAGUUGUAUUUAUGAAUUGCAUCAAGUCUGUAUACCUUAAAUAAAAGUUUUGUUUUUGUUUU